CCUCAAAUAAAUUUUCUCACAUUGAGCCGCUUCCCUCCUCUCUUUCUGCAAAACACCAUACUAUACUCAUUCUCUCUCAACAGAAAAAUCAAAUUAAAGCAGAUUAUUAGUAAUGGGGAAGAAAAAGCAAAAGAUUGUUCUACCUCCUGAUCUUCCACCGGAAGUUCCUGAUGAAGCAGUCGAAGUAUCAGAUGAAGACGUGCUUUUCGUAAGCGAAAAUCGAGAAUAUACUGGAUUCUUGUCGAAUUUGGAUACGAAGUCAAUUAAUAAGCACGUUACUCGUGUUGCCGAUGUGAAAGAAGAUGAGCUGGAGUCUCUGUAUGAAAGGCGAUUAAAGAAGAAGUCACUUGAUAAAGAAACAGAAAAACAGGGACUAGAGGUUGAUCCUGUGGAUGCUCUUCCUGUGAAGACAUUAGAUGGAAAACUUUAUUACAGGACAGUGCCAAAGGCUACACAAAAAUCUGAAAACGAAGAUAAAGAUGAAGCUAAUACUAACAACAAAGAUGCUGGUAUUGAUGCAAGUGUGGUGAGGCUGACUAAAGCGGAGAAGCGUGCCAAAUUGAAGAAAAUUAGGAAAGAGGCUAAGAAACAGGCAAAAGAGGGAACAGAAGUAGAAGAUGUUGAGCAAAUACCUCAAGCUGAAGUCUUGGACGAGGUGAGAAAUGAUAUGACAGCAGAAGAGGCCAAUCAAAAAAAGAAGUUUAGACUAGCUGAGCUGGGAACUGCACUGCUUACUGAUCCUGAAUUAAACAUCAAAUCUCUCAAGGAGAUGCUGGAGAUUUCUAAAGAUGGUGAUCGUGAUAUAGCGGUACUUGCCCUUCAGUCUUUGUUGGCUGUUUUCAGAGAUAUCAUUCCUGGGUAUCGCAUCCGUCUGCCAACUGAAAAGGAGCAGGAGAUGAAAGUAUCAAAGGCUAUUAAGAAAAUGCGGUUCUAUGAAUCUACCCUCUUAUCUGCAUAUAAGGCGUAUAUACAGAAGCUGCUAGCUAUUGAAAAUCAGGCUGUAUACAAACGUGUCGCAGUUCGCUGCAUCUGUAUAUUACUCGAGGCAGUUCCACACUUCAAUUUCCGAGAGAAUUUGUUAGGUGCUGUCAUAAGAAACAUAAGCUCUGAGGAUGACAUAUCAAGGAAACUUUGCUGUGCUACUGUUAAGUCACUUUUCACCAAUGAGGGGAAGCACGGUGGUGAGGUAACGGUGGAGGCUGUUCAAAUGAUUGCAGACCUUGUUAAAGCUUCUGAUUGUCAACUACAUCCUGAUUCCAUUGAGGUGUUCAUGUCUCUGACAUUUGAUGAUGACCUUGGAAGGCGCGAAGCUCAAGAUGCUAAGAAUAAAUUUAAAAGCAAAAAUGCUAAAAGAAAGGACCUUAAGGAGCAGAAAGAAUCAGCUGCCAACGAGAAAAAGAGAACACGGAAAGAGAUGAUGUCAAAGACACGAGAAGAGGUCACUACAGAAUUGAAGGCUGCUUCAUUAGCUACAGAUGUUACUGAAAGGAGAAGGAUGCAGACUGAUGUAUUAUCAGCUAUCUUUGAGACAUACUUUCGUGUCCUAAAGCAUGCCAUAAAGCCUAGAUCAGAAGCAGGUUCCUCAUCUCAGCCAGCUGGAAGUUAUCCACUUCUUACUCCUUGUCUUAAUGGAAUUGGGAAGUUUUGCCAGCUUAUUGACUUAGAUUUCAUGUCUGAUCUCAUGAAUUAUCUGAGAAAGCUUGCCAGAAGUGGCAAUAGCUCUGAUGGCUCUUCCAAGGAUGUUUCAGCAUGUCUGACAGUAUCUGAAAGGCUCCAGUGUUGCAUUGUCGCUUUCAGAGUGAUGAGAAACAAUUUGGACGCACUGAAUGUUGAUCUUCAGGAUUUUUUUGUCCAACUUUACAAUCUGUUAAUUGAGUACAGGCCAGGAAGGGAUAAAGGUGAGAUCUUAGCUGAAGCUUUGAAGAUAAUGCUUUGUGAUGAUCGACAACAUGACAUGCAAAGGGCUGCAGCUUUUAUAAAACGUUUAGCUACAUUCUCUUUAUGCUCUGGGCCUGCAGAGUCCUUGGCUGCCUUGGUGACUUUGAAGCAUCUUCUUCAGAAGAACGUCAAAUGCCGGAACUUAUUAGAAAAUGAUGCUGGAGGCGGCUCUGUUUCUGGUGCCAUUGCGAAAUAUCAGCCUUAUGCAACUGAUCCGAACCUUAGUGGUGCACUUGCUUCAGUGCUUUGGGAGCUUAACCUCUUGUCAAAGCAUUACCAUCCAGCUGUUUCUACAAUGGCAUCCAACAUUUCUAUGUUGGGCACUGGUGAUAACCAGAUUCACCUGUCCAACAAAUCUCCUCAACAAGCUUUUAAGGAGUUGUCACUUGAGCAGGACUCGUUCAUCGUAAAAGUUGAUCUUAAUGCCAAGAGAAAAAAAGGGAAUGCCUCACUAAAGCAAAUUAGUAAGGGGGCUGACCUCGAUUCCACUGUUCAAGUUGAUGAAAAUGAUGUUAAAAGGAAACUCUCUGAGCAUUAUUCACUGCUGCAUGACAUAGCUGAAAAUGAAAGACUAAGAGGGGAACUGGUUGGGACAACAUUGUCUCUGAAUCUAUAUGAACAAUAUAAGAAACAGAAGAAAAGAAGAACAAAGUAGACAUUUGUUGUCUACAAUUUUGUAGGUAGAUCUACUUAACAGUUUAAAACAUUCUGUACUUUUUUUGGAUAGGAAAGUGCACCUCGUGAUUGUUUUGUACAAACUGGGCAUAAUGCCCCUAUUAUGUUGUAUGGAUCUGAUUAUUUAUUUCGAUGUCCAGAGAUAUGUCCCAGGGCCACACUUGGUUGGAGCAA